UCUGCACUUCAAGGCACCACCAGAAAGCGCUAGGGUGGACGUAAAAAAGGGCACCCAUCAAAGCACCUUCAGCGCAGAGCCGCACUGUUCAGAUAAUGGAAGUGAUGGAAGUCCCAGAAGAGGUUUGCAAUUACAGACCGUACUCAGCGGGAGUGUUAGAAGCGGCCCGCUACACGUCUUUCGCGCUGACUGCGCUUUCCUGCGUGCUAGGAUUAGGGGGCAAUGCUGUGGUCAUCGCUGUUACCGGGUUCAUCAUGAAGAGAAAAAACAGUAAAAUCUGGUUUCUGCACUUGGCUGUGGCUGAUUUUACCUUUUGCCUCCUUCUCGGGCUUUAUGCUCAUUAUGUUCUUACAGAGAACUGGCAAUUCGGAUCAUAUUUAUGUAAAAUCUCAAAUUAUGUUUCCACUUGUAAUAUGUACGCAAGUGUUUUCAUCAUCACGGCUCUGUCUAUUGACCGCGUCUUAUCAGUGGCCGCACCAAUAUGGCACCAUAAGUUUUUCUCUGUGAGGAUUUGUUGCUGGAACUGUGCGGCUAUUUGGAUAGUCACAGCUCUGGUCAGUCUUCCCAUGUUACUGUUAAGCGAUGAGAUUCAGUAUGGUGACAAAAUGCAAUGCAGAAUAGUCAUUGUUAAACCUUCCUCUGCUACCCACAAUAUUCACAAAAGAGAAGCGAAUGACAGCCUGGAGUACGGCAUAACAGGAUUGUAUAGAGACAACGAGGGUUCUGGCUCAGGAGAUAUAAAUAAAGAUAAUUUCAAGGGAGUAGUAACUGGCACUAAAGACAAACUUAACCUAACAAAUGUUAAAAUACAGCCAAUACUCGGUUUUUCAAAUCCAAUGCCAGUGCCAAUGCUUGACAUAAUAGAUUACCCACUAUAUGAAGAUAUUAUCAAUGUUACAAAUAUUUCCACAUAUACUCAGAAUAUUACAGUGAGGACACUGUGCACCGUUAACCUGAGGGAGAUCAGGGAUACGGCAUUUGCAACAGGCUGCAUUGUUAUCCCGUGCUUAGUUCUUGGUUACUUGAUCCCAUUGGCCGUCAUUCUGGUUUCCAAUGUAAUCAUUGCUCAGCGAGGGGGGAAAUCUCAGUCCGUGAAGAGCCCCAGACUGUAUAGAAUAAUAAUUAUGGUGAUCCUGUUCUUUUUCUUAGCAUGGACACCGCUGAUCACAGUGCAGGUUAUUCUGCUGGCUGCUCUUUAUGGUGAAGACGUCAUACUGAUGUAUAAAAUGUAUUGGGUGCUGCCACUCGUGUCCAGCAUAGCCUUUAGCAACAGCUGCAUAAACCCCAUCAUAUAUGUAUUGGUUGGCACACAGGCUAGGAAGGCUCUUACUGAUUUUAUGAGCACAAGACUGUCUUUUUUAAGUGGCACCCAAAGCAAUGGGUGAUAUCUUGCUGUUCGGAGGGGCCACAGUAAUUCCCUUAUUCAGUAUGGUAAGGAACCGUUAUGCCUUCCCUUCCUAUAAAGGGCAUUCUAGGGCCUAGAACUUUCCCAAACCUUGCAAAAAUGUUUUGUACCAGGAUAUUGAAAUUGUGAAUUUGUCAGGACCUCCUUAAGGUCAUCUAUACUGCUAUGAAUGUUGCCUAUGUUUAUAUGGCCCAAUAAAUAUGCAUUUAAACAA